UUUCUAGGAGACCUCCUAGUCCCAGACCACUCCAAUGAUGACGUGUACUCAGAAAGCGCUGGUGAUGGGUGUAGUGUUGAUGGUUGUCACUGGUGGACUGGCUAGUCCGGAGCCUCCGCUGAUCGGUGCUUCCGGUCCCGUGAAUGGCGCCAUCGGUAACGGCUACAGCUACGGACCGCCGCCACCGUCACCCUCGAUCACCGUCAAUAGCUAUGGAUCGGCCACGUCUGAGUACGGUCCACCGACGCAAGCACCCAUCAUCCACAAGCACGUUUACGUGCAUGUGCCACCACCGGAACCGGAAUACCAGACCACUAGGAAGCCGAUCGUGGUGCCGCCACCGCAAAAGCACUACAAGAUAGUGUUCAUCAAAGCGCCAUCGCCGCCCGCCUCGGCCCCACCCGUCCUGCCCCCGGUCCAGCAGAACGAGGAGAAAACGCUCGUGUACGUGCUGGUGAAGAAACAGGAUGAACCGGAGGAGAUCAUCGUGCCGACGGUCGCGCCAACGCCUCCGUCCAAGCCGGAAGUCUACUUCAUUCGCUACAAAACGCAGCGAGCAUCUACGUCCGCCGAGCAGGGGAGUAACGGCGGUGGACCAUAUCCGGAGAGUGGCGGCCCAACGCCCUCCACCGAGUACGGUGCACCGCCACUACCGAGCCAAAGCCCCAGCAACAGCUACGGUGUACCGCUUUAG